AUGUUUCAUUUGGAAUACGAGUGGCAUGACGUCGCACCAAGAGCAGGUUCUGAAGGAACUGAGAGCUCCGUAAGCAGCAGCUCAACUGAUGCAACCUCUCUGCAACAGCGACGGGUCCGUCGAUGUCGCAUAUGCAAGCGUUUCAUGGACUAUGAAGUUCUCAUCGUUCACAUGCAGAAAUUUCAUGGUAUAGAGAUGACCAGGGAAGUGAGCAAAGUGGUGCGACCAAAAAAGCGAAGUACUCGAUGUGAAGUGGAAGGAUGUGAUUUUAUCGCCCGGUCUCAACUCGCCUACAUUAAACACAUGAAAGAAGAGCAUUCAGCAGAAGGGAAAAUUGAACAUUACGUGAGGUGUCCGCUCUGUCAAGUGCCGUUUGACGAUCACGAAAAUCUUGUUGAACACUGCCGAACAGAUCAUGGAGACGAAGAAUGUAUAGUGGAAAUGCGUACAUUUCAGAAUGCAAAGGAGUGUGAAAAAUGGAAGGAGUCACUGGUGGAAUCUCACUGCACGGCGUUUGUGAUUAAUGAGGGUUAUCAAUCCACUUCUCACAAUGUCUUAUAUUACCAAUGCAGCAGGUAUGGUAUUGAAUUUAUCUAUGAGGAUGGCGCCAUCCUUGUCAAGUACUGUACAAGGCAUAUAAAUCACGAUCUCAGUGUUCCCGAUCUUCCUCUUUCAAAGGCCGACAGAGAGGUCAUUGCGGGUUAUCUGCGGCGUGGUGUUGGCAUAGACAUCAUUCGAGGUAUAAUUCGUCAGAAAAAUACCAAUCCUAAGACUAGGCUUCAUUGGAUCCGUAACGACGACAUCAGAAUUACCUUGGCAACUCUCCAAUACGAGGAAAAGCUCAAAGAGAGAAUUGCAUCUUCUUCUUCUGAAGUCAGAGGCCUUCGCCAGACGCAGCUGGCUCCUGCUGUCGCCGACACUUCAAUUCCUGCAACAUCCUUGCUUGAAGAGUCAUUUAAGUGCGAGGGCGCUCGAAAAAACGGUAGUGAUGUCUCGGUUGACGUUCCUUCUAUGAACUCGGCUGAAUCGCUGCUCGGAUGUUCUUCUUGUAUCAAAUUAGCUGAAAAAGUAGCAGAGCUUGAGGCUAUCGUGCGAAAACUCAGUGAGCAAAUGAUGGAGGUGAACGGAGCUCAGUUAUUCGAGAGUGCUGUUAAAGUGGAAAAGUUAUGA